CCCGGCCCUAGGGGCGCGGCCGGGCUUCCGCGCGCCCCAGGGGGCUCCCUGCUACGAGCAGCCACGGCCGAAUGGCUUCUGACAGAAAACCCUUGACCACCAAGGCCGGCCUCUUCCUGCAAGCCCCGCGCGCUGCGAUCCAGGAAGUGGAAGGCAGCGGCCCCGCGCUUCCCCACUGGGCGCGCGGCUGGCGGCGGCGCCCGGCCCGGCCCUCGGCGAGGGACAGCGCCAGCGCCACGCGGAGGUCACUGCGUCCCCAAUCGCCUGCCCCACGAUGCGACGCGCCGAGGCGCCCUCGAGCGCCCACCCUGCCGGUCCUAUUCCAGAUGCUGGCAAAGGAGAGGGAGAGGAAGAUGAGGAGAAAGACGGCAUGAGGCUUGGUCUGUCAACCACCCUGAGGAACUGCAUCCCACGUCGGGGCAUCAGUGUCCUGGAGAAGCUGGUGAAGACCUGCCCUGUGUGGCUGCAGCUAGGGCUAGGCCAGGCAGAGGCUGCCAAGAUCCUGCAGCAGGAGAUGGCUGGGAUGUUCCUGGUGUGCCGGGACAACAACCUGAAGCAAUUGGUGCUGUGUGUCCACUUCCCUUCCCUGAAGGGCAGCUCAGCUGAGGUGCUGGAGUACCCCAUCAAAGAAGAAAAGUCUAUAUUGUACCUGGAAGGCUCAGUUCUUGUGUUUGAGGACAUCUUCAGACUGAUUGCAUUCUACUGUGUCAGUAGAGACUUACUGCCCUUCACUCUACGGCUGCCCCAGGCCAUCCUCGAAGCCAGCAGCUUCCUCGAACUUGAGACCAUCUCCAACCUGGGCCUGGGUUUCUGGGACUCCUCACUGAACUCAAGAGGCUCUGCAGAGCCACUCAGAAGCCCAGCCCCUGGGACCCCUGCAUCCUCCAGCCUCCGGCCUACAACCCACGCAAAUUGUUCCUGUGAAAUCGAGCUCUCGGUGGGAAAUGACCGCCUGUGGUUUGUGAAUCCUAUUUUCAUCGAGGACUGCGUCCUACCGGCUGAUCCACCUCCACUGCCUACUGGCAGCUACCCUCCACGCCCUACGCCUGCCACCCCGGAUGCUACCUCACCCACCUCCAAGGGAUCCCCACGUCGCCCCCCACCUCCACCCCCAUUACCCACUGUUCCUCCUACUGGCCCUGCACGGCCUCUUGCGCCUCCUGUACCGCCUGCUGGCCCUUUGCCCAACUCCCCCCUAACGCCCACCUCUCACCUUGCACCCCAUGCACCGGGCCCCCCUGGCCACUCAAACCAACCACCCAUGACAGCCUGCGAGAGUCUCCCACGCCCAGCAGUAGGACUGGGCCCCUUUGGAGAAGAAGAGAUGAAACCUGGGACAACUCCCAGCCCCUUGCACCAAGCCCCUCCCCCUCCAUUACCCCUGAAGAAGGCUCUUCCAGCAGCCCCUCCCAGGAGGCGCAUUUCUGAGAGGGUAUCUCUGGAAAGCCAGAAUGUGGGGACUUCAACAGACAGGGACCACUCAGGCAUUUCUAGGACAGCAUCACUCAACCUUCCUCCCCAGAGCACCGUAAGUAGCCUUGGGGACAGGCCUCCAAGGACCACGGAGCAAAGCCAGGACACAGAGGCCAAAGCCAGCCAUGCUGACAGCAUACCAGUGCCUCCUGGGAAGGCCAAACAACCCCCAGUACCACCCCCAAGGAAGAAGCGGGUCUCCCGGCAGCUGGCCUCAACCCUUCUCAGUCCCUUGGAGAACCCCAUACAGGAGGCAUCCUCUGAGAAACAGGCGCCUGGUGCAUCUUGGGAAGGCUUGAGUCCUGCCCGACAAGCUGGCAUGCAGCACCUCCAAGUUCAGUCCAGCACCUGUCCCCAAAGCUCUCCAGAGUUCAAGGGUUCCCAGGCCUCACUCUCAGACAGCCUGGGGGUGCCUAUCUCGGCCGCCGACCAGGACUCCUACUCAACCAGCAGUGCGGAGGAGGAGCUGGAGUUCAGCAGCCCCAACGUGAAGAAGAAGCCCUCAAUGAUCCUGGACAAGGCCCGCCACCGCCUCAGCUUCGUCAGCUUCGCCAGCGUCUUCCAUGCCUUCCUCUCCAGCGACCGCAAACUGUAUAAGAAGGUGGUGGAGCUGGCACAGGACAAGAGCUCCUACUUCGGCAGCCUGGUGCAGGACUACAAGGUGUACAGCCUGGAGAUGAUGGACCGCCAGACAUCCAGCACUGAGAUGCUGCAGGAGAUCCGUACCAUGAUGACCCAGCUCAAGAGCUACCUGCUACAGAGCACUGAACUCAAAGCCUUGGUGGAACCCACCCUGCACUCGGAGGAGGAACUCGAGGCCAUAGUGGAGUCAGCCUUGUACAAGUGUGUCUUGAAGCCCCUGAAGGAGGCCAUCAACUCCAGCCUGCUGGAGAUCCACAGCCGGGACGGCUCACUGCAGCAGCUCAAGGAGAACCAGCUGGUGGUCCUGGCCACCACCACCACCGACCUGGGCGUGACCACCAGCGUGCCUGAGGUGGCUGUCAUGGAGAAGAUCCUGCAGAAGCUGACCAGCAUGCACAAGGCCUACUCACCAGGGAAGAAAAUCUCCAUCUUGCUGAAGACCUGCAAGCUCAUCUAUGACUCCAUGGCUCUUGGCAACCCAGGGAAGCCCUACGGGGCCGACGACUUCCUGCCUGUGCUCAUGUACGUGCUGGCCCGCAGCAACCUCACUGAGAUGCUCCUCAACGUGGAGUACAUGAUGGAGCUCAUGGACCCCGCCCUGCAGUUAGGAGAGGGUUCCUACUAUCUGACCACCACCUACGGAGCCCUGGAGCACAUUAAAAACUAUGACAAGAUCACAGUGACCCGACAGCUGAGCGUGGAGGUGCAGGACUCCAUCCAUCGCUGGGAACGCAGGCGCACGCUCAACAAGGCGCGGGCCUCCCGCUCCUCUGUGCAGGACUUUAUCUGUGUGUCCUACCUGAAGCCCGAGCAGCAGUCACGGACACUGGCGUCACGGGCAGACACAGCAGCCCAGGCACUGUGUGCACAGUGCGCUGAGAAGUUUGAGGUGUCACAGCCCCAAGACUACCGGCUCUUCGUGCUGGUGGACGGGCGCUGCUUCCAGCUGGCCGACGAGGCUCUGCCGCACCGCAUCAAGGGUUAUCUGCUCCGGAGCGAGCCCAAACGAGACUUCCACUUCGUGUACCGGCCCCAGGACAGCGGCAAGGAUGAUUCAAGUCAGCCCUGUAUAGUAGUGAGGGAGCCCAACUUCCUAUAAGCUGUGGUGACAGGAUCUCCUGAGAGGGGGAUAGAGGGAUUGGGACUGGGCUCUCAUUGGCUGCUCUCCUUAACCACACAUCCCUGCCAUCGUAGGUGCCUGUGUCAGUCACACCGGUGUAACGCCCACUGAGCAUGCCUAAGCCAAUCAGGUAGAGUCAUAGCCUGAGGCACCAAGUUCUUAGUUGGAUGUAAGGGAAACCAAGGCUCAGGUGGAAGAGGCUCUUGCCAGCUGUAGCAAACAAGCCCAACCCUGCUCACACCGGGUUCCUCAGGCAAUUCUCCUGGUCCUGUCUCACCUCCUAGCCCCAUCUUUAGUCUUUCCUGAGAAGAGCUCACUUUCCCCAGGACUGGCUAAUGAAGGGGUUCCUGGCCCCAGCUGCUCCCUGAGCCUCGGGGAUGGAGCUGAGAUGUUCCACCACAACCCAAGAUCUAAGAGUAUUAUUUUGAAGAGACAGCCCUGCACCGCACCCCUGCCUCAGAAUUUGCCUUCAGCUACCAGAGUGCCUAGUACAACGGGGCUCCUGAGCUCCACUGGAAGCAACCAAGCCAGCUCCAGGGACACAUGGACAAGUUCAACCAAUGCCAUAAGAUUGGGGGUGGGAGGGUCAUUAAAGGCCCGUUCUGUGAUGGAAACACCACAGGUCAUCAGUGUUGACGAGAUGCGGUUGGGGGGGGGGGGGUAAUAAAAGCCCUUUUGCAAAAGCUAA